AGAGAGAGCUUAUUUUUCUCCCCGGUGUUCUUUUCUUUCCCGGCGAGAGAGGUCAAAGAAAUAGCUGAAGGCGGUUGGGCCGAGUCAAAUGUGAGAGAUGGGAAGUGGAGUCUCCACCCUCUCCUCUUGCUUCAGAUCGGCGACUCCGACUCCCGACCAAAACGACGUCGUCUUCUCCGCCUCGGAGCCCUUAGACGAAACCCUAGGCCAUUCUUUCUGCUAUGUAAGGUCCUCCGCCCGCUUCCUCUCUCCCACGCAGUCGGAUCGCUUUCUUUCCCCUUCCAACUCCCUCCGCUUCUCGCCGCCGCACGACUCUACCUCCGCCGCCCGCUCGGGUCGGGUCGGGUGGCACGAGACCGGGUUCAAGGCCAUAUCCGGAGCCUCGGUGAGUGCCAACAGCUCGACGCCGAGGACUGUGCUCCAGCUCGACAAUAUUUACGACGAUGCCACUGAGACUGUCCUCGGCGGCGGAGGCGGAGUCAGGGGCAGCAUAGUCAAUGGCUUCGAGAGCACGUCGUCGUUCAGCUCCUUGCCGCUGCAGCCGGUGCCGAGGGGCGGCGAGCCGUCGGGGCCGAUGGAGCGGGGCGGCUUCUUUCUCUCCGGUCCGAUAGAGCGCGGCGCUCUCUCCGGCCCGCUCGAGUCCAACCCUCCCGGACCGGACGGCGGCGUCCACUUCUCGGCGCCGCUCGGCGGUCUUUACCCGAAGAAGCGGCGGAAGAAGGGCAUUUCCGCGAUCCGGAAGGCGUUUUACCGCAACUUCGAGAAGAAGCAGCGGCCGUGGGUGGUGCCGGUGCUGAAUAACUUCGCCGGAAGGAAGGAGGGGCCGACGGCGAACGGGGAGGAGCACGAACAAGGGAGGAGCAAUGAGGCCAAUGUGCAGUGGGCGCUCGGCAAAGCCGGAGAGGAUCGUGUACAUGUGGUGGUCUCGGAGGAGCAAGGGUGGCUGUUUGUUGGGAUUUACGAUGGGUUUAACGGCCCCGAUGCGCCGGAGUUCUUGAUGGGGAAUCUUUACCGUGCUUUCUACAUUGAGCUUCAGGGCUUGUUUUGGGAGGUUGAUGAUGCUGAGGCCCAAGAAGGUAGUCACAUUAAUCAGCCAAAUGCGUGUCAAGAAGUUAAUGCUACUAACUCCGCUUCGGACGCUGGAAAUGAGGAGGUGAAAAUUGAUGGGGAAGUAGUUUUAGAAGGUGGAAAUGGGUCAAAUUUGAGUCCUUCUCCGGCGGGGGAUAGGACAAAGAGAGUGACAUUUCAGCCGGAGGGGAGGAGGAGGCGGUUGUGGGAGUUACUCCGUGAGGCUGAGGCUGAAGAAGGGCUGGACCUUUCGGGUUCAGAGAGGUUUGCGUUUUCUGUGGACGAUGCUCUUACUGUCAGCAAUGCUGGCACGGCUGGUUCUGCGGAGAGUAGGAGGUGGCUUUUGUUGUCGAAGUUGAAACAGGGAUUGUCAAAGCAUAGGGAAGGGCAGGGUAAUGGUAAAAAGUUGUUUCCGUGGAGGUUUGGUUUGGAGGAUAAAGAGAAGGUGGAGGUUGAGAAUAGAGUAGAGGAGGAGGAGGAGGAGGAGGAGAGGUCUGCUCCACCUGGUAGGAGAAGGAAGGAGGGUCCGGUUGAUCAUGAGUUGGUGUUGAGGGCAUUGUCAAGGGCGUUACAUGUGACCGAGCUUGCUUAUUUGGAUAUGACCGAUAAGGUCAUCGAUACCAAUCCAGAGCUUGCUUUGAUGGGGUCGUGCUUGUUGGUUGUGCUAAUGAGGGAUGAGGAUGUGUAUGUAAUGAAUGUCGGGGAUAGUAGAGCAAUUGUUGCGCAUUAUGAGCCGGAGGAAGUUGGUUCAAGCAAAAAGUCAGGUGAGCAGAAGGACAAUGGGUUGAGUGCUGAGGACAUAACUGAGGCGUCCUCAGCUGUGGGCGAUGAGGCUCCUACGCAAGCAAUGAGAUUGACUGCAUUGCAGCUGUCCACUGAUCACAGCACGAGCAUUGAAGAAGAAGUGAUAAGAAUAAAGAACGAACACCCAGAUGACAAAAACUGUAUUCUCAAUGAUAGAGUGAAAGGUCGUCUUAAGGUUACCAGGGCAUUUGGGGCAGGCUUCCUGAAACAGCCCAAGUUCAAUGCUCCACUAUUGGAAAUGUUUCGGAAUGAGUAUAUUGGUACCGCACCAUACAUCUCAUGUUUGCCUUCUCUUUGCCACCACAGAAUCUGCCCUAGUGAUCAGUUUUUGAUUCUCUCAUCUGACGGUCUUUAUCAGUAUCUAACCAAUCAGGAAGUUGUUUCUCAUGUGGAAACUUUUAUGGAAAAGUUUCCCGAGGGAGAUCCUGCACAACACCUGAUAGAGGAGCUUCUUUUCCGUGCUGCAAAGAAAGCCGGAAUGGAUUUCCAUGAAUUGCUGGACAUCCCACAAGGAGAUCGCAGGAAGUAUCACGAUGAUGUUACUGUAAUGGUCAUAUCACUUGAAGGAAGAAUAUGGAAGUCAUCAGGAAAGUACCUUUGACAACAUUAUACACAAGCAAGCAAUGUUCUCUGUACAAGCUAUAUUGCAAUUCAAAUUUCAGCUAGAGAUAGUUUGCAAGCAGUAUGGAAAGCUUUGCUGCUGACCGUAGUCCAUGGGGGUCCAUAAGGUUUUGUUUUCUGUCUCACAGCAUAAGCAUACAACUAGUAGGGGGUGGUAAUGGCAAAAGGCUGAUGUUAGAUAUCGUCAUCAAAAUAGAUGCAAGAUAUUGGGUUCAGUGAUGAAAAUGAGAAUUUGCAGAUGGAGUAGUUGGGAAAUGCUCUUUAGGGGGAAAAAUGUUUUAUUUUUGUCCCUUUUCAGUUAGACUUAAAAAGAACCAGAAACAAAAAAUUGCAAAUAGGUGCAGGCUCUUUCCAUUUCAUCUGUGCCUUUCUCCUUUGUAUCUUUUUCCGGAGCCGAAAAUGUGUUUUGUAAAUUGGUGGGGGUACAGAAUUUACUUACUGAACUUGAGCAUUCCCUUGUCAAUACCUGAGCUGCUGUAAUUUUGAAGGUGGGUUUUCCCACCCAUUGCGGAUACGAAGAGUUCAAAAUUUACCAACACCUGUGU